AUGGAGAAAAAGACCUCCCAAGAGGGCCAUGCCUCGGGGAACAGCUACAAUCUCAACCUUGAGGCUUCCCAACCCGCCGACUCGACAGAGUUCAGCCUAGCCGCCCAGCAUGAUCAACUCGAGCGUGGCCUCAAGAGUCGCCACAUUCAGUUCCUCGCCCUCGGUGGUGCCAUUGGUACUGGUCUCUUCGUCGGCUCUGGUGCUAUCCUCAGCAGUUGCGGUCCCGCCCCACUCUUCAUGGCUUACAUCUUCAUGAUGGCCAUUGUCUGGACCGUCAUGAACUGUCUUGCUGAAAUGGUUACACUCCUGCCCAUGCGCGGCAUUACAGUCCCCUACUUCGUCGAGCGAUUCGUCGAUCCCUCCCUCGCCUUCGCCGCCGGCUGGAACUACUGGUACGUCUACGCCAUUCUCGUCGGCGCAGAGGCAUCCGCCGCCAGCAUCGUUAUCGACUACUGGCCUGGGGCCCAAAAAGUCCCUGUCGCCGUUUGGAUCACCAUUAUCCUCAUCGUCAUGCUCUUCCUCAACAUCAUCGCCGUCCAAUUUUUUGGCGAGGCCGAGUUUUGGUUUGCCAGUAUCAAGCUGAUCUCCAUUAUGGGUCUCAUCAUUCUCGGCAUCGUCAUCUUCUUCGGCGGCGGCCCCAACCAGGAUCACAUAAGAGGCUUCUACUACUGGGAGCACCCAGGCGCCUUUGUGCAGUACAAGGGCGUCGCUGGCUCCACCGGUCGCUUCCUCGCUUUCUGGCACGCCUUUAUCGCCGCGGGCUUCGCGUUUAUUACUUCACCCGAGCUGAUCGCAAUCGCAGCGGGCGAGACGGUUGCUCCUAGGCGCAACAUUCCCAAGGCCGCCCGCCGCUUCGUCUGGCGUCUUGCCAUCUUUUACGGGUGCGGUUCGCUCGUCAUUGGCAUCCUCGUCGCAUCGAACGACGACCAGCUUCUCGGUGCCCUCGCGUCCGGUGCCAGCGGUGCGGCGGCCUCUCCGUUUGUCAUUGGCAUCCAGAGGGUCGGCAUCUCUGUGCUCAACCACAUCAUCAACGCUACCAUUCUGACGUCGGCCUGGUCCGCGGGUAACUCGUUCCUCUACUCGGGCAGCCGUGUCCUCUACUCCAUGUCUCUUACCGGCAAUGCCCCCCGAUUCUUCUCCAAGACGACUCGCCUCGGUGUCCCUUGGGUUGCCGUCCUGGCCACGUUUGCCGUCAGCUUGCUCUCGUACCUCAAUGUCGACAACUCGGGUGAAAAGGUGUUCACGUGGUUCGUCAACCUAUCGACCAUUUCUGGGUACAUUGCGUGGAUUAUUGUCAUGAUCACCUACGUCCGCUUCCGCAAGGCACUCGAGUACAACAACGCGCUUGAUAUUCGACCGUACAAGACGCCUCUCCAGCCCUACGCGAGCUAUUUCAUGAUUGGCCUCGUUUCUCUACUCACCAUCACCAACGGUUUCCAGACAUUCAUGGCUAAGCCAUUUGUGGCCGCCGACUUCAUCGCCGCCUACAUCACUAUCCCGAUCGUGCUGGUACUCUACGUUGGACACAAGAUUUGGUUUAGAACCCGCUUGGCCAUCCCGGUCCACGAGAUUGACAUUGUCAGUGGCGUCAAGGAGAUGGAUGAACUAGAACAGAUGGAUGAGGAGCGUGUUCCCAGCAACUGGCUCCAGAAGGUUUGGUACUGGCUCGCGUAG